AUGACAUCAGAAUUGCUGACAUCUUCACUCCCAUCAAACUGGUUUUUCACUUUCCUGGAGGCCCCAGGCUGGCCAUCCCCAGAGAAAAGUCUCACUAACGGAACCCUUUCCAAAGAGCAUGCGAGAAGGAUAGGACCGAGCCAGCAUCCAAUUCAACUUCUACAAUGGACCGUGGGCUAUCCUAAGCCUUUUACAGAAUUGUUUGAUCUUCAAAACAGCCCUGAGCAAGUUCUUCAUCUCAGAGAUAGCUUUCCCUGGGUCCGGGCAUACCAGCGCUGGCUCACGAGAGCUGAUGGAGCACAUCUCUUCCUACCUCCCUGUUUAGCAAAAUCACGUUGGCUGCUUGAAAUCAGUCACGAAAAGAGAUCUAUUCUGCAGUUCUUACAUAGCUCAGAAAACUGCCAGAAAGGCAAAAAAUCAAGCUUGGAAAACAAGCUGGAAUCAAGGAACACCAGGCACCUACCAGGUGAGGACACCAACGCUAUCAUUACAUCAUUGAACAAUGGCACCAGCUCUACUACUUUUGGAAUGCACCAACUAGCUCCUGCAGCUUUUCCUACUGGUCUGCAUUGCCUGUCCUGCAUCCUGAGCCCAUUGGGAGCAUAUGAUUUGCUGAGCAUCAAUCACUCGGCCCCACCCUAAUCUGGAUGGAGGAAGCUUCUAGAGUGGGAGGUAUAUCCUUCCACCAGGAUUCUUCUGAUAGUGGGAGAUCCCCAAGCAUGGGAAGCAGUUCAGAUGCUGGGUAUCCUCAGGGAGCUGUAUCACUUUCACACACUGGUUUUCCCUCUCCUUGGUUGCCUAUACAUUGUUGACUUCUCUGUGCUUCUUGGAGACAUAUGGAAUAUCACCUACCAAUUUUC